AUGCCGUCUGGAAAAUCGCAAAAGAAAGUUCGCCCUUCCACGGCUUCGGGGGCACUGGAAUCUCAUGAAUUUGUUGAUUUACUGGACGAGCUAAGACCUUCUACUGCUCCGGGAAAAAACUUACUAGGUCUCGAUCCUACAUAUGUUACAUCGAGACAUCAUGUUCCUGGUGUUCCAAUUACUUCGAAGUUCAAAGGAAGGCAAGUUUUUGGUGGUAUUCCCGAGAAUGAUUUCAAAGGAUUGCAAGGGAGAAGGGCUACUUUGGGUGGCUUAGAGGAUGUGGAAGAGCACGAAAAACCCAAGAGACCGACUACUGCCAUCGGAGUUUCUAAACAGAUUAAGGUAAAUUAUUUAAAUUUAUAGCUCAGAGGCUGAAUGUUGAAUUGUUCGCUUGUGAAAUUUGACCCUUCCGCGCAGGAAAAUACAGUGCAAACUGGAACAUUUCGGCAUUUAUAAGUUGAGUUGAGGUAAUUGUUUGUGAUUGCUUAAAUAAUUGACGUUCUCAGUUCUAUUAAUUACAACUUACUCGUCGUUGUGGCUUAUUUUGCACAUUUGAUUUCAAUGCUUAAAAUUCAACGAGGUAAACACUCAUUUAUGCUUUUGGUGCAUGUGCCUCUAAGUGUAUUUGAGUACUUGAGCAUUUUCCAUUUCUAAGUUUAUAGCAAAUUUAUUGAAGUGUUAGUUGUGGCUGUUUAAUCGCGAUCUUGGUGCACUGUUUUAUAAUUGCACAAUAUGUUUUUAAAUAACAGAGAUCCAUGUAAAUAAUUGAUUGUCCCUGUCUCACCAUAUUAAUAAGCAGGUGCCGAUUUCGUUAAUGAGCACUAGUUCCGUGUGGUCAAAUUUUAAUUCUGCUUGUGAGGCUGAUUUGCGAAGCUGUUGGAGCUUCUCCUCUUUCCUAUGGAAUAAAAACAGCAAGGAGUAUUGAAAAUUUCCUUGAAAUUAUUGGCCAGUCCUUUACAGGUUCUGACCCCACCUCAACUUCCUCCUGAGAAAAUUAUAGUGCCCAUUUACACUCCUGAUCUCGGUUGCCAUCUGCUGGAUAAAUCAAUAUCUGGCACCAGUUGUUCAAAGGGUGAUUAUUACAUGUGCACUGUCCUCUGGAUAACUUGCUGGAUAGUGCAUUACACUUUGUCAACACUUAUCAGCCCAGGAUAACCCUCUAUCUGUUGGGUAGCUUAAUAUCUGCCUUUUGAACAACUGGAUCCAGGUGGAUAGUGCAAUAUGUUUUCUUAUCUGCCUUUUGAAUAACUAGGCCCAGGUUAGAGCAAAGGAUCAGGUAAUGAACACUGUAGGGGUAGAGUGCUUUGUCAAAGAAAUGCAAGACAUUGAUGUUGAGCAGGAUUCAAACCCGUGCCUCACCAACUGUUAUACCAUAAUAUCUGUAACUUGUCUAACAAGUAAUGGGAAACUACAUGAACAAGACUAGAUGAACAAGAAUUUUGGGAGUAUGGGUAUGAGUGAUGUUUUAAAAGUUUCUGUGAUUGCAUAUUCUGCAACUAAGUGCAAAUUAAGAAUCUUUCAAAACAUUAUAAGAGUCUGCAAAAAAAUCACUAAAUGUAUGUGUAUGCAGUUCAAGGAAAUUUUCCCUCUCAAACAAAACAUUGGAGAAAUUAAUUUUUUCUUGAUUUUCUUAAAAAGCUUAACUUUUUGGAGAGUGGCAAGAGAAAAUCAUGGAUUCCACUCCUUAACCUACAUAUAUUUAUACUGUCAGCAAUGACCAAAUAGGAAUGUUAUAUAAUCUCAAGUAUGUUAUUAAGUGAGAAAAGUCUAGCUGUUAUAAUAAUAUCUUAUUCCUGGGCUAGAUUGAAAUUUAAGGAUAUGGUAGACCCAUAAAGGCCAAUUAUUUUUAUAUGUCAAACUAUAUUUAGCAUCACUAUUUCAGAACUACAGUUUCCAACAAAGUGUUUUGUAAAUGUUGAAACACACACAGGUCAGAUGUGAUGACGUUACAUGAUGUUAGGGUGUAAAGGGAUAAAAAAAUAAAUAAAAUAAAAUAAAAUAAUUUAAAAAAACACUUCCAGGCAAAGGUUAUGGUGUAUUUCAAUGUAAGUUCUGCAUUUCACUGCUUUAUCUAAUUAACUAGCUGGUGCUUCAAAAAUGAGUAGCUUCUGCUGGUGUAUUUGAAGAAGAACAUUGCAACUCAGAUAUGAAUCAAUCUGGAUGACUUGAUAUCAAGGAUAUAAACAACUUAAAGCUGCAUCUGUGUAUGUGAGGUUCAGACAGCAAACUGUUGGGAUCUCAUGUUAGGCUGACUGCUAGAUUGGAGCAUUGUGUACCCAUAGAGAUCCUAUUAAGUUUGGGUUUAAUAAAACAUUUGCUGUGUAACCUGUACUUUGCACUUUUGCCUUCAGUUGUUUUUUGUAGUUGUACAUGGUAACAAGAAAGAAGUUAUAAUAUAAAGUUCUUUGGACCUUAAACACUCUACUGUGCUAUCUUUGAAAUAGUUAAUUUAAAAUGAAGUUAGUUAAUAAGUCUCAUUUUUAAAAGUUGACAGCAUUUAUUUCAUAACAGACCUGAAUUUUUUUUAUUUGCUUAUUGUCAAGCUUGAGGACCGAAUUACUUUGGACCAUUUGAAUAAGAUGAGACAAGCUUUUGAGGUGAGAUUUGCAGUCUCUUUGCUUGGUUUCGUCUUUGUGUGCCCUACUUUCAUUAGUCCAAUUAAAGUACUUUCUGAUUAGAUGAUGAAAUAUUGACUUUAAAUUUAAUACUGUGUUAACUUUGUUAUCAAAACAAAUUUUUGUCUAAUGUGAAUAUUUCCUUCACAGGAAGCUGACUCCGAUGGUAAUGGAACAUUGGAUUUAGAGGAGUUCAAAGAUGUCAUCACAAACUUGUUUCAUUUUCAAUUCAAGGUUAGUCGCUGUCAUACCUGCCAUACUUCAAAGUACAUGAUAAAGUUAUGGUAAAACUUCAUUUAAUGGCUCAGAAUUAUAUUUGUGCAUACAAGGACUAUAGAUCAAUUAACAGAAUGUGAGAAUUAAAUUGUUUCCUUCAAACAGCAGAUCAAGAUUCUCCUAUAGUCCUAGGAGGGUCUAGAUCCUCAAUUCUUAAGCCUUGAUACCUUUAGUUAAUAGAUUGAGCCUCAAACCUCAAUUCUCGAUCCUUGAUGCUCGAAACCUUUGAGGAUUGAUAAUCGAGUUUCAGGUCAAGACUGUCAACUUACUUGAGUGAGCAAUACUGUAUAAUUUUAAAUCAAGCUAAAAUGGAAAUACACCUUUAUUAAUUCAAACUGGGGCUGAGUUUUUUUUAGUAUCCCUUUAACUAGACAAGCUGUCCAACUUAAGUGAGAUACAGAUUGUUCUUAGUAUACACAACAAAUUUAAUUUAUUUUUUGAGCUAUGUGUUUAAGCUGUUAUGAUUAAUACUUGUAAUAUAAUGUUUUCUUUUUUGUUUUCAUCCCUUUUUUUUCCCAAUUUCAUGGACACAGAAUGAAGACCAGGUUACAGCUCUAUUCAUGAAAAUAGAUUCUUCAUCUGAUGGUGAAAUAAAUUGGGUGAGUUUGUGUACUCCCUUGUAAUUGAUUUGCUUGGUUAAUUUGGAAAGGUAACAUGUAAUAUUUGUUCUAGCUUUAAUUACUGGUGUUUCUAACAAUUGUGUCAAAUUAAAAGGAGUGACAUAUUUUUUCAUUUACAUGUCUGCCUGCCUUUAAAUUAAUGAAUAAAUGUGUGAUAUUUUGCUAUCUGCCAAUUUUUCCAACACCAAUGUUAUUGCAAAAAAAAUAUAUUGUCCAGUCGUCACAGUUAUGUAAAUUUAAACACUGAAAACUGCAUUUUUAAAAUCCAUUCUGGAAGAUUUAGGAGAAAUGUAUAUUCAUGGAGGGUGAUGAGUUUAGUUUUGACAAUGAUUACAACUUGCAGGUAAAAGAUUUUCAGCAUUAUAUCUUUUCCCUGUUUAAAAAAUUAUUAAUUUUUUUUGUAUCAUGAACUGUUUUCAUGUAUCUGGUGCUUAAUGUUUUGGAUAAAUAGCAAAAGGCAUAAUGUACAUCUGUUUUUGCUGUUUAAUAUAUGUUUUAUUUCUUUUUUUUUUGUAUUUCCUUUAUCAAAAUUCUUACAACUCAAAAGAAGAAAAAUGAAACUUGGAAUGUCAAUGUACAGCUUUAAUUUUUGACUCUAGGUCAUGGAUACCUCUGAACUUUUCAAAGGAAAUAAAAAGGGUUGAAAAAAUGGCGAGAAUGAUGUGAUAAAGACAAUGAUGUCCUGGAGAAACAAAAUUAUAUUCAUCUUGUGGGAGGGCUGCAUUAUCAAGUGUCCAUUUUAUGAGGAGUGAACAUUUUUUGUCUUGUUUUCUCACUGCAAGAAACAUUUAAAAUUACGAGUGUGAUCUGCUAGUUACAAACUAAGAGAGAAACAGCUGUACAUAAUUUUUUAAAAUGUGAUUCAUAGUGUGGACAGAUACAAAGCUUGUGACAAAUUUAAUAAUCUUGUCUGAGUAACCAUCUUGCCAACUUGAAUUUGAAAACUUCAGAUAGAAGACAAUGUUUUUCACUUAUUUAACGCUUUUUAUUUUAUGGCAUAGAAUUUGCCUAAUAACAAAGACGUAACAUCUUUUGUGAGUUUCACAUGCAUACAAGUACAAGCUAUGUUCACACUUCCAAGCAAAAAGGAAGGAAAGUGGGAUAUGCAAUAGCAGUGGCUGACAAUGAUCAAGUUUCUAGUUUUGUUCACAGAGCUCUGAGGAGAUAAUGCAUGCUCUUACUGUUUGCUGAAUUGGUGGAAAGCCAUUUUUAUGUACCUUUCUUCAUAAAACAUAGGCCCACCUCUCUGGUCACAUCUUUCCAAACAAGACUAUUCUUUAAAUGGCUUGAAAUUUGGGACAACAUUUAUUGUAAAGUAGGAACCUGUGUUUUUCGUGUUGUGUUUGUUCUGCCCUGGUUCAAACAUGUGGGAAGCAAAUGCAAGUGCAAGAAAAUAAUUUUUUUUUCAUAUCUUGUGUUGGAUCUCAUGUUUGCAUUUUUAUUUGCCUCAGGGUAGUUCACAUGUGUAAUUUUUCCUUGCAUAUAAUUGCAUUUGCAUAUGACUAGUGAACCAUGCGUAAGGGACUGAGAAAUUGUAUCAACAAGGUUUUAUGUGUGUGAGUGUGUGUGUGUGCAUGACACAAAUCUUUCUACAGAUAUGUCAUGUGCAUGUAAAUUAAUGUCCAAGAACAAGGGAACAACUGCAAGCUCUUACUGAUAGUAACUAUAAAAGUUGUAAAAAACAAAAGAUUGGAAAAAAACAGUGAGACUUAUUUUGUGCCACCUUGAUUCUCCAAUAUCACCAAUUGAAUUUUUGUGUGGAAUUUUCUUAUUUCUGUGAGAGGUGUUGGUAAGCAGGGUUUUUGUUUAAUUAACCCUUUAACUCCCAUUAGAUUUGAUUGUUAAUUCUCCCCUCUACACACUUCCUUGUAAAUUAGUUUGGAGAAUUUGGUGUUAGAUCAGCUCAAGAUAGUAACUUCUACUAGAUAACUUUGAGUAGUCUUUGUCAUUGCCUGUUGGCAGGAUAACACAUGGAUCAUUUACAUUUAGUGAGAAGUUACAUCUUUAUGUUUAAAUCACUUAUGGAAGUUAAAGGGUUGAGGAUACAAAGCAAUUCAUUACUAAAAUCAGUAGCAGCAUCACACAUUGUGCAUUUGGUGCUUGGACACUUCUUUCUUUCUAACUUGAUUAUAUAUUACUUUCUUUCUCUAUCAGGAUGAAUUUUGCACUUUCAUGCAACUUGAAUAUGCUGAAAAAGAGGAUUCAUACUUGCGAUCUAAAGAGGUCUGUUAAUAAUUAUUAUUAAUAGCAUUCAUAAUUAUUCCGCAAAUUUCAUGGAAUUUUGUGGAAGGGUACUUUUAAAGUGGAGUUCAAAUUGUCUGCCUGUUAAAUGUUUGUCACUUCAGAAGCGUUACACAAUCAUGUAUUUAUAUUUCAUAUAUAUUAAUUUUAUGACCUGUUUUUUUACAGACUGCCUUUACUCUCCCUGCAAUUAUUGCUAUGAGUGAAAACUCCAAUUCCUCUCAGAGAGAACAUGUGAUAAGACUGUGCCAUACAGCAGACAACAACUUCCUUGUUGUUAGCAAUGGGUUGGUUGAGGUUCUGAUAGCACGCCUAUUUAUAAUUGUUUGUCAAACGCCUUGGAUAGAUCCACAGCCUUCAGGUUACCAUUCUCAUUUCAUCGGUAAGAUUGAACUUUAUUCUGUUCCAGAAUUAAAAAGUGGUACAAUUUUUCCAGCCGCUUUCCAGUCAGUAGGUACAGACCCUGUUGCGAACCAGACAAAAGUUAAUUAUAUGCGUGAGAGGCUUGGCUAUUAUAUCAGCAGAGUCCUUUAACAUUCCAGAAGGAAAGUUGUCAAGGCCAGAGGACUUAUUUCUCUUAAGGCUCUUUAAUGCAUUAAAGACAACCUUUUCCGAGACUGAUCUAAACUCAAAGUUCUCUAGCGGCUGCUGGGUGUCUAUUGUAAGGGGCCUUUUCCAGACAAAAUUGCAAAGAGGGAAGAUCUUUCUUUUUAGAGAUCGCGCAACAUCAGUGAAGAAUUUGCAGAACAAAUUUGCAAUAACCUCUUUGUCGGUUUCUACUGCUUCAUUAACGAGAAAAGCUGCUCCUGGUUCCUUUGUAGACUUUGUAGGGUAUAGUUUUUUAAUGACCAACCAAAAUUUGUUAGGUGAACCCACAGUCUCCUCUAAGAGUUCACGGUGAUACCUGCUUUUGCAAUUUUUACCAUGCCGUUAACUUUGUUUCGUUGGGCGCUUGUACGAGUUUCCCUCAGAGAGAACAUGUGAUAAGAGAUGAUACUAACAGACAACAACUUCCUUGUUGUUCCAGUUGAACUUGUGGAAUAUUUAUAGACAGGAUGUAACAUUUAAUAAAGGAUUCCUAACCUAUACAAAAAAAGGUUGAACUUCGAGUCAAAUAGAGCAAUUUUUACAUUGAGUGUGGAGAUGAAGGAUUGCAAUUGAUUUUGCUUUUCUUUGUCCAGUAGCUUUGAUUGCCCUGGAAAACUCUGGAUACUUAUUCUUUCUGACCACUUGGUUGCUCAUGUAUUCUUGCACUUAAGAUGAUUUGCUUGAUUUUCUUAAUUUUUCAUUUGCUCAUUGUGAUAUUUUCUUUCAAACCCUGAGAGUGACUUGCAUCUUAUUUCUUCACACAAUAUCACCCUGAAUCAAACAUUGCAGUAGGUCUUGGGAAUAAAGGAAACGAUCACCAACUAGUUAAAGAAGCUCAUGAUUUGGUUUUACAAAACUCAUUGAAUAAGACAUGCCAUUUAAUCCAAGGAGAAUUUAUUGAGUCUUGGUUGUUAUCAUAUACAUUAUUUGCUUUUAUUGUAAGUAAUUUUGAUCUCUGAGUACUUUCUCACUUAAUUAUUUAACUGCAAGUAGUGGUUUUGAAGUACAGUAAUGUAAUGAAAUUGUCUUGUUUUGUCUUUACAGGAUGGCCUUGUUUCAUUUUGGUCUCAAAAUUUGGAAUUUAAAAGAAUGAAACAUGCAGUUCAUGUGAGUACUCCUUGUACCAUGUUGUCUAGGGUCUGUGGUUCAAGGAACCUCUCAUUACUGCAGACUCUGAGAAGUAUCCAGGCUAGGUUUUACAUUUUAAGUGAAGAGGGAAAAAUACUGAUCAUGACAAAUAAUGUAUGCAAAACAGCUAUAUUUCUUCUUGUAUUAAUUCUCAUUUGAGGUUUUUUUUUCCAAAUCUUUAAUUCUAAAAAAAAUGUUUUCCAUGGGGAUGAAGCAGGUGGGGUAAAUAGGGUGAUUGGCACAGUUAGGCAUCUGGCUAAUAAACUCUAGUGUAUUCCAGUGUGCCAUUGGUUAGUGUAAGUUGUAUUUUAAGGACUGAUGAAGUAUGAAAAAGAUUGUUUAUAAGAAGGAUGAUUAAGUUAAACUAACUUAAUGGUACAAUUCAUUUUAGUAAAGCUGUUUUAUUCAAUACAUUUGAUAUCAUGCUGUAAAAUAAGUUAGAGUUCUAUUAAGGUGAAUUUAUCCCAUUUUGUGCUGACCAUUUUUAGUUUGAAAGCUCAACAAAGAAGACAAAGUGGAUUACAGAUUUUGUUCUUAUGCCUCAAUUUAACAAAUUUAUUAUUUCAACAGGGUAAGUUUUGUUUUGUUUAUUUUGUUUUAUGAAAGAAAUGUAAAGGAACAUAAAUGUACAUAGUUAUACCUUCAGACUGUAUUUAUUCAAAUUUUUAUAUGAGACUGAUUUUUCUCUGAAUCUGAACUGAGGACUCUGUAUUUGCAAGCAAGGAAUGUUUUUUCCUUGGAAUUUUCAAAAUUUUAACAAAAUGGCACUAUGUAAUUACAUGUAUGUUUUUUUGAGAAUAGCUUUUGAGUGACAUAAUUCUGUCCUUGUAGGGAUAGGGAAAUUCAGUUUUUUGAAUUAUCAACAUUUGAGCCUUAUUGUCAAAUCACUGGUCUGGAGACUACUCCUCUUAGACUUGAUUAUUGGUAAGUAAGAACAAGUUAGAGUGGUAGAACUUCUUUCAUCGUCACCUGUUUUGGUAUCUUGUAUUACCAUUAGACUGCUGGGCAUAUCAAAGGAGAGCUGUCCCAUUCUUUUAACAAUUAGCUUUCAGUUAUAAAGCAUUCUGAACAGGGCAUAUUUUGCCUCUUUUAAGCAAAGGGAAGCAACUGCAAAGUGAGUGUGUGGGGAGCAUGAAUGGCAAGCAAAGACUUGUUUUGCUUCUGAUAUUUUUUCACACACAUGCCUCACACUUGCUUCUGCUUGCCCAUAGAAUUUAAAAAAAAAACAUGUUCCAUGGGCUCAUAAUAAUUUGAUACAUGUAACUAUGAUUUUGUUCCUCUUGAAGACAAAAAUAGAACAAUUUAGUCAGUUGCUAUAGUACAUGCAGUAGAGUAUUAAACGUAUGUGCAAGGUUAGAAAAGCUGUGUAGAAUAGUUUUUAUGAUCAGUUUUUCUCUUUCUCUACAUGUAGUUCAACAGGACAAGAUGAAUGCAUUAUUCUUUAUGGAGACAGCCAGGUAAUUUCAUCAUAGAUUCAUGAAAAGCUAAAACAGUCUGAAUGGUCAUGAUGGUUGUAACUGAUGAUGUAGAUGAGUGAUGAAUGGUAAUUUUUGUCCUUUUAGGGAUGUGUAAAUAUCUUCAUCAUGACCUCUGUAGGGGAGACAUUAAGGUACCACUUUUGAGUAUUGUUUGCUAUUCAGACUUGAAGCCUCAACACCAUGAGAUCCAAAUGGAUAUUCUCUAUACUGUUAUCUACACAUUUCCUAAGGUGCCAACAACAAGAAUUUGUUAACAAUCAAGAGCGUCUUUUGUUUUUGUUCAUUUCCUUUAUUUUGUGAUUCAGGGGAUAAAUUAGAUGCCAAUCACUCUUAGGGGUGAAAGACAUAAAUUUCAGAGAUGAAAGAAACACUCUCUGUUGUUGAAGAGUUUUCAUAUUUUAAAAUAAUUAUCAAAUUAAGGAUUCAGAUUGUCAGUUUUGGAAGAAGAUAGGCAAAAAAAUUUUUAAAAUUUAAAAAUUUUUUUGCCUAUCUUCUUCCAAAACUGUAAUGUGUUUUUAAUUCAAUUUCUGCAAAUAAAUUUCUCGCUACUUUUAAAUGACAGACAGCAUGUUUUUUUAAAAAAAAUUGUUUGCUACAUGAUUGUAUCACAAUGUAAGGUUUCUUGGCUUUGUGAUGAAUUUUUAAGUAUGUGUAGAGGUGCAUGGUGUGUUUUGAAUUUGUCUUUUGUUCAAGAAGAUACACAAUAUUUGAAUAUUACGUAAAACAUAAAAAAGUUAUUUAUUUUUAAUUAGUUAUUGUAGUUGGUUUUGAGUGUUACCAACUAACCUGAGGAUUGUUAAAUUUAAAAAAUUUAACAUUUUCUUCUUCAAUUUUUACAGAAAUUGGAAGAAGAUGCCAAAAGUUGAAGGGAUAGCUAGUGUAAAUAUAGAUAGGUACGUGAAAUAAUCACACACCAAGUUUAUUAAAUUGCAUUUCAUCAUGUGUAAUCAAAUGAUGCUUUUAGGACAGUUGUCACAGUUUUCACAUACAAAUAUAUAGUAAUGGUUCUGAGCUCACCAUAAAUUUUCUGUAAGCUCUGUGGUAGAGCAUCAGAGUAUGAAAUAUGAAGGUCUGAAGUUUGGAUUUUUCUAGAGGACUCUUAUUUUACUGUGUUCCAUGCUGGUGACAAGAUUGUAUACAUUGUAUACAUAUUUAAGUAAGUAAGUGAGGUUAUGCGUCCAUCAAUUCAAAGCUUCAACAUCCUGCCCUUGGCCAACUCCUCAGGCAUUUGAACUUUUCAAGAUUGGUUUGUUCAAAUUUCCGCCCCCUUCCAUGGGGCAAAAUUUUAUUGAAAUGCCCCACCCAAUUUUUUUUGUAAAAGGUGAAAUCAGCAUUUAUGACUUUGUACUCAUUGAUCUAGUUUUAAAACCUAGAACUUGUAGACCUUUUUUCUUGGCCGUUUGCUCGCAUAAGUAAACCAUUUGCCUUAAAAACCUCAAUAUUUAAAGAUCUAACACUUGUAUUCCACUGAAAAUACUCGACACUUCCAGUUCAAAUUCCCUACCCCAGCCAGGUAAGUUUAAAAUUCCUCACCCCUUGUGCACAGGCAACAGUGAAAUGCCUGUGGGUUGCCUGGAGGGGGGGGAUGUUGAAGCCUAGAAUUGAUCAACGCUUUAAUAUAUAUAUUUUUUUAAUUAUCAAGAUGAUAUUUGAAUAAGUGUUACGUUUGUCCAUUUCAAUUACUAUUUUGCUAGUCUAAGAUAAUUAUAGUUUUACUACUGUGUGGACGGAUCAUGAGCUUACCCCCAGUGAAAAUCUUAGAAGGAUCCUUUAUGAUCCUUAGAGAUCUUCAUGAGGACCUUUGAAGAUCUUAUAGAGGAUCCUGACAGAAAUCUUUGAAAAAUCUUUGACUUCAUUCAAAAUUAUUUCCAAGAGCUAAUAGUUUCACUAUCUAGCUUUUCAUGGAGCCAGUAACUCCAACAAAACUGACCAAUCUGGGUCAGAUUUGUUUGUUCAAAGUGCGGAUAACGCUAUCCACCGGAUAAAUAGCUAUUCAGCGGAUAGAGAUUUAUUCCAUGGAUAGCGUUAUCCACCUUUCGAACAAAAGGAGCCUAAUUAUAAGAAACUAGAACCAUCUAAAUUCUUGGCCAGCUUUGCUUGCCUUAAACUGACUCACUCUGGCACAAACAGAUAACCUUGUUUGGCAUUGUGGUUCGUUUCUUGUAGCAAAAGUGCUUAAUUUUGUUUAAAUUACCCCCGUACUGAAGAGCUGUCUCAAACUGAAAAGAAAAUAUGAUGUCACUAAUUCAACACUGACGGCUACUUUGUGUAGUUUGUUCCUAGUUUCUGGUGUUUAAUCUUGGUUUUCUUUCUUGCUUCAGUGUUGUGAAUUCGGAAAAUGCCAGGUUCACCUGUAUCAGGUAGAGUUAUCUGCUGUUUUAUUGAUAGAUAUUGCAGUACUGUUUGAAUGAAGGACAUUGUUUCGUAAUCUUCAUAAAAGCUUUGUUAAGAGGAAAUAUACAUUUGGUAUUGUCGGAUUUCGCAAACAUACAUGUAACUUACCUUAACUGCAACAAACUCAAUCCCUUAUUGUUUACAACUGAUAGUUUUUUUGUAUGGAAGACUGGCGUUUUGUAUGGUAUUUCUGGCAUUUCGUGCUUGCAUGUUUGGGACCAAACCAAUUUGUUGGAUUUCUGAUGUUUCUGUUUUAGGUGGAAAGUGCACGAAGACUGGGUUUCCCAGCUGAAGUAUUAUGACUCUUUGAGAGCCGUUAUAUCUUGUUCAAAUCACCCAGAAACAGCUUUGGUUAUUGGUGAGUUACCUAAUAGUUCUGUCACACGUUUGACAAUACAUAAAAUCUGAGGUUAUUACUCCCCGCGCCCCGGUGAGGAGUCGAUUCCGAUUUUUCCAAUUCCUUUUCCGAUUUUGCGGUCACGUGUUAGGCUAGUGUAGCCACUAGGAACUCAUUUGUGAGGCGAGGUCCUAAACUGUAUGGGAAGAGGAACUAAGGAACCCAACUAAAUCGCUGUAGAUCUUUUUGAAGUGACUCAAAAGCCACACUAGAGAGAGAGAAACUGAGACUCGACUGAGGCAGGGUUGGUUAUUUUUGAAGUUGAAUCCAGGACAUAUUUUGAUUUCACAAUGCAACUAUAUUCCCCACACUCUACUGAUGUUUUACUGUUUACUAACGCAUAGAAAGCAAACUUUACUUAAAAGAUAAUCUGUGGUUGAAAAAUGAAAAUGGCAUUAGAAAUUAAAGUAGUCACAAAUUACUUUUGUUAAAUAAUCACAGCCAUGAUAAUAUAACGACUUCGUGCUGCGUUCUGGCUUAACUUUAGGAGCAAAUUUUGAAAGAAAGAUGGUAACUUGUGAGCUCAGUCUUUGAGUGAAAGAAGAUUUUCUUUGUUUUCAGGUCAAACAAUGGGGAGCACUCAUGUAGAAUCACAACUAAAAGAUUCCACUGGUGCUUCAAAGAAAAUUCAAACUUUCACUUCCCGCGACAUGCAGCCAAGGAGACGGGCAGACAGUGACCAGACAGUGUUCAAAGUGUACAAAGGAGUCAAAACAUUUGACUUCUGCAAAGAGAAAAAUGUCAUUGUGACUGGAGGUAGGGCGUAAUUUAAACCCUUUUCUGAUGUUGUAUUGUGUCUGUGAUACUGUCUGUGCUUCUUCUGGGUGUAGUAUCAAUUGAGUGUCGGAGGUAACUCGGGAUUUCUUUGGUUCUGCUUUACUUCGGUCCGUGAUUGGUCUAGAAAACUCGUGCCAGGCUCUUAACCAAUCAGACGCCAAACGAAAACUAAACGUGACAUGGUCACUCGUGUUUUCCCGCGCUUUUGGUAGUUUGCCUGUUUUUACCUUGAGUCUUCAUUGGCUGCUUAUGGCGCAAACAUUUGUUAUGACUGGCUGCUGUGAUUACUUGGUUUUGUUUUACGACAAUCAAUUAGAAACUUUUCUAAUGUGUCUUGUACCACCCUAAUGGCCUAUUUAUAAGUGUUGGAACAUGCCCCAGGUGGAGAGAUGCACCGUGAGAGAACACAGCGAUUUAACGUAGGGCGUGCUGAUUUAAAACGAUUUGACUUAACUCAAGUGAUUAAAACCCCUAACACCAAUGAUUUAAAUCGUUAGAGAGUCCUUAAGGGAUGUUUUACCAUAUUUGCCAAGCAUAUAUAUCUAGUUUACAAGACGUAAAGCUUGUGGUGAGGCACUUUUAAAAGUUUCUAAACGAAGUUUUAAACUGUUGAAUUAUGAUCCCAAAGCUAUUGGAGCGUGUACUUACAAUAUCUCUUACUCACCAAAAUCGAUUUUUCUCUCCCUGAAGGAAUGGACAGACUUGUGCGAAUGUGGAACCCUUACGUUCCAAGGUAUUUACCAUUCUCAUUUAAGAUUGAUAAUUUGUAUUCAACGCUCUAUGUUCAAACAGGAUCUUUAGCCAAGAAACCUACCUUCCAUAGGAGGAUGUUUGUUUGCAUAUUUUUGCUUAUUAACAUGAGCUCUUCAUUUUCCUAUCAAGCUACAAAAAUGUUGGUACUGAAUCAUCGAAAUAUUAGGACAUAUUUACAUUUCUCUGAAAUGUCCAGUUCGAUACAUCUAAACUUCUCUCAGCCACACGAUGGUAAAAAGAAGAAAUUUUACAAAGAAUGUUAGUGCUCAUUAGCACCUGGCCACCCAGAAUAUUUCAGUUAGUUUCAACCCGCGAGCAGCUCCAAAUUUUGCGUAUUUCAAACUCGAUUAAUUCAAGGGUUUCAGUAAAAGCCGUUUACCGGCGGGCGGUCUUCUGCCGAUUAUAAGACCUCUCACCGCGGUCUGUUUAUCCUGCGAGCUGGCUUUCAUGUUUUGGUUUCGUCUUAGGGCCCCUUAUCAGGCACAGCCGCCUAUAACACCACCCGUAGCAGCUUAUGGAAAAAGUUAUUGAGACCCUUGUAAUUGCAAAAGUAAACUUUUUCUUCCAACUCUAACCCAAAUGUUUGAGAGCCUUCCCCUGCCACACACCCUCAUCAAUUUCUAUCAAUCCUUUAAGUUGCAACUUGUUAGUUGCUGAUUAAGUCGUGAUUAAGGAUGUUAUUUUGUUUGUUGUUUUUAUUAGUAAACCGACGGGUCUUUUAAGGGGACAUACGGCGCCGAUUUUUCAUUUGUUUAUUUGCCCAGAAGAUGACAGAAUAUUCAGUAUAUCUACGGACAAAACUGUCAAGGUAUGGCGACAAAGCAUGGUGUCCCGACCUUAUUAAACAAGUUUUCCACUUACUUUGUGUGAUCAUCACGUCUCAACAUUGAAGCAGUUUUCACUUCAGUUUCGAAAGACGAAAAACCAAGUAAUCCCAGCAGCCUAUUGGAAUGAAGGUUGACAUCGUCAUCAGCCAAUUAGAACUCCAAGUUAAAACAGUGGGAAAAGAGGCGGGAAAGGCGAGAAAGCGCGAAUGACUAAAUCAGGGCUGGGUUAAGUUUUGAAUCUGAUUGGUCACCAAAAGCAGUCCCGGAUUACUGUCGACACUCAGUUGAGUGUCUAGUAACCUGGGUUGCUUUAGUUUUGUGUUAUUAUGCUUUUUGUUCGGAACGGAAAUCUUGAAUCAUUCUCUCAACCAAUCAGUUUCUAUACCAAAACCAGUGGUGACUUGGUCACUCGCGUUGUCGUGCCUUUCAAGCAGUUCGCUUUUUUUUUUUUUUACCUAAGUCUCUCUCAAGUUCCCUAGAAAAUGUUUUGCUUUGUUCUGAUGAGCCAGUUUUUUAUUUAGACUCUAAAUCGAAAUGUGCUCCAUUUUCUGUUAUUAUACUUUCCACCAAGCGAAGUUUCAAUGAUGACAAUCCAUUGUUGUGUAUUUAUUGCUAACGUUGCGAUCCAUUGAAAUGAUCAGGUGUGGGAUCUUCAUGAUCACACUUGUCUGCUGACUGUACGACCCAAAGCACACAAGAUUAGAGGAGAUCUAGCGGGUAGGUACUGGGGCCGAGAAGUAUACUGAUUUAGGAAAUAUAAAAUAAUGACUGGUUCUUCACUUGCUCUUGACCUUUUAACUAAAAAUGUUCUUCUUGUGAAUUGUCAGCCAUUCAUUACAACUCUGCUAGUAGAGGUCUUGCUGUUGCCACAUCUGAGCAAAUAGCUCUUUUGCCUCUGAAGAACAGGUUAGUUUAACAUUUCUCUGUAGGCUAAUCCCCAAAUCGAGUUGUCCUGGAGUUAUCCUCUCAGUGAUUUCUCUUCAUACAGAAUUAUUUUAGUUAACUUUUGCUGAAAGUUUGCUGGUACUCAAUCAAAAUAAAAGAAAACAUGAUGUACCGGCAAACUGUCAGCAAAAGCUAAUGCAAAGGUCUUUUUUUUUUUUUUUUUUUUUUUUUUGGGGGGGGGGGAAGAGGUGGGUGGUAACCUGCAAUUAACUGGCAUUCUCUCCCGGGGGGAUUAGCAAUACUUCUUGUCGCUUCGUGCGAUGGAAACUGGGAUAGUAGAGGCCUUAAGCAUUCUUGACGACGACUCCGACGAAAACUUUGAUUCAAUAAAUGAGCUGGUAUCUUUGUUUAGAAUUUCACGCGUGACUCCAUAACUGUAUCAUCUUAAAGAGCGUCAGACCUUGUCUUCAGUUUAACAAUUUGAGGGCACCGUUGAGUACCAAGUAGAAAUAUAAAUAAUUUACUCUCGGGGUUCUCGUUCUCGGACCUCGCAAAAAUCGGUGAUUUCAUGUUGCUGUUUAACAGAGGACAAACUUUUCAAACGCAUGCACAAGUCUAUUGUUCAGGCCUGGGCUGUUCAAAGGUUGGAUAAUGCUAUCCACAGGAUGAAUCUCUAUCCAGUGGAUAACGGAGCACUUUUUAUCACUCUUCCGCUGGAUAGCGAUUUAUCCAUUGGAUAGUGUUAUCUGGGGGUACAACCUAGCUCCGCUCAUUGAAUCUUUUGUAUCACUUCGUUGUCGUUGCAGUCGCCAUGGUUGUUUGCAGAGGGUCUCUAACAAUAAUUCCAGGCGUGAUCGGCGUUUUGACCCACAAGCUAAUUUCACUUUCACCCUAACUUGUGUUAAUAGUGACAUAUUAAACAGUAAGACUGAUACUUGAAGUAUGAAAGCAUUCUUAACUUGAAGAAAAUUUAGAGCUUACCAGAUUCGUGGUUGUUGAUCAUGUUUCGUGGUCGUGACACGACACAUAGCAAGUUUGUACUGUUUGCAAGUCAGACAUUCUAGCUGGAAGUACAAAAUUACCUACGAACAAUAUGUCUUCUUUUUGUUGUUUUCUUUGCUUUAUUAGUCACUAUUCUUUGUCUAGUAGCAACGUUUUUGGCUUUCAGCAUAUGCCUUGCAUUGAACUGGUAGAUGUUUUCAAUUCGAAUUGCAGAAGUUCUUCAAGAGACAUGAUAACAACUCACAAGGAGCCAGUGAUGUGUCUGAAGUACAACAAAAGCUUUAAACAUGUCGUCACAGCCUCGGAAAAUUCCGUAAGUUGAAAUGAAUUAACUUCCUUGACAUUAAUUCUCUUUUCUAAAAAUGAUGAAACGGUUCACGACCAUACCAAAGAAUGGCAAAAGAAAUAGGAAACCCGUCGACGGUUUUUUAUUUCUCUCUUUUUCCUAUUUUUAAGUUUGUCUGUUUCUUCAUCAUCCUCAAAACUUGGUUCUUGAUUCCCGCUGCGGUAAAAACUGUCUAGAAAGAUUCUUUUAGCAGAAAAAGUUCCUCACAAGUUACGAAGUAUGUAUACCGAACCGGCUGCAAGUAUCUCCUUUAAUCUGUGAGAUCAAUGCGGGUAUUUCGCCUUUCAGGCCCACUCGAAUGACCAAAACAAAACACAGGUUCUGCUUCAUGUUACCCACUCGCGGAGCCAGUCCCUUAACCUGCGUGCCUUGACUAACGUUUUCUCUCCUCAGGUGGUUAAAGUUUGGGAUUUGGAGACGGGUCGGUCAGUGUUUGAGUUUUCACAAGCGCAUGGAGAUCAAGCUGUUACAUGCAUGAGCUUUGACUCUACAGAAAGAAGGUUAGCAAAUACUUUUUGACAAACAACAUCUACCCAUCGUGGUAAGGUACUCAACAGAUUUUACACCUCGCUUUCCUCUUGCAAUCGAAACUUACUCUUGUGUAAACCUUGCACGUGUAUUACGGGUAGGGUUUUAGUAUCACUCAUCCACACUGCAAAUGAACACUUAAACGUCAAAAGCGCGCUCUCAUGGGUUUUAAUAAAGGCAGUCUAACAUCGCCUGAAAGACCUCUCACCGCCGUCUCUUUAGUCGCGAGCAGGCUCUCGCGUUUGAAUUUUGCUUUAGGGCACAGCCGCUUAUGGAAAAAGUUAUUGAAACCCAUGAUACACCCAGGCAAUAGGGGAGAAACAAACAAAGAAGUUAGAAUUCAUUAGAUAAAAGAUGUAUUCCUCUGUUUGGGCCUCGAAUCUUCUCGAGGGACUCAUUUUCCCUGUCCUUUACUCGUGACAAAUGUGUAGCGUCCAUCUUUAGUGGUAAUUUACUUCGAAAAUUCUUGACCCCUGGUUUGGGGGCUUCACUUCUUUGGUCGUGAAAUGUUAGGGUAUUCAACAGAAUUCUUGAGGUUUAAAACCAUCCUUUCCUUGUCGUUGCACAGGUUAAUAACUGGUGGAAGGGACGGCCGGCUUAGAAUAUGGAACUACAACAAUGGCCACUGUCUAAGAACACUAGAAAAAGGUUGGGCUUCUGUUAGUCAACUUGCAUUGAAUCUUACUCCGAGCUCAUCGCCACUUUUACCUAACAUCUGAAGGUGUGAGGGUGGGAGGUUGUGACAUAAUUGCAAAGAAACUAUGGGAAAGUAAAGAAAAAAUCAGGAAGCUGCUUGAAGCAUUAGUGACUUAGUCAUGAUUGGUUUCAGUUUUACAUCUGAUCGAUUAAGAGGGUGGUGUGAGUUUUCUUGACCAAUCAGAGAGCGGCAUAAAGUACGACUAUUGGAAUUAUAAAUCACUUUCCUGCACUCAGUUGGAAAACUGCUUUAUUGCUCUUCGCUCUUCGCUCUUCGCUCUUCGCUCUUCGCUCUUCGCUCUUCGCUCUUCGCUCUUCGCUACUCUGUGCUAUAGCUCGUUAACUGACAAUUUAUUUACCCGCCUCAAUAUCGUGCAUGUGUGGCUGUUGGCCAGUAGCUGGCAUCAACGUAGUAGAAACUAUCGUGGAACUGAGCCAUGCUUGUACACGUAUGUGUUACUAACGUGUUUAUUUAUUCCUUUCGUAAAAACCUUCAUUCAUAACAAUUUUUUUUCUCGUUUGGUGCUAGAGAGUGACGUGGACGAAGUGGCAGAUUUGACAUACUUAGUACUGAAUAAAAACAGGUACAGUAAAACGUUCUUGUUUUGUUUUAUGUUUUUUCGUUUUUGUGCUGGAGAGAUUGUUUAAAACGCUUCACAAAAAAUUACAAGACUUUCCAUAUGAGCUUGGACAUUUUCCAUUAAAAUUUAACCCACGACACCAAUACCUACAACCUUUGCCUUUUGCAUUACAGAUAUAUCAUCUCUGUCGGCUGGGACAGAAGAAUAAAUCUUUUUUCCGUAAGUGACUUUUGGAAAUUAAAUACAAUGCAUUAGCUUCUGUAGCUGGUUGUUUUACCCACAGCGCUCCCGGCAAAAAACUGUGGAGGCUGUUAAUUAGCUUCAAUCUGUGAUGAGCUUUGUUUUCACUCUGUUAAACAAAUACAUCCCAUGUCGCCGUGCGUCCGUAACAAUAGAUCACAGAUGAUGUUGGGAUGUAAUAAGAACGGAAAAGAGGCGCAUAUCAUGAGGUGCAGCCGAAAUAAGAACAAAAAGGGGCACAUACCAUGAGGCGCAGCCGAAAAAAGAACAAAAAAGGGCACAUAUCAUGAGGCGCAGCCGAAAUAAGAACAAGAAAGAGGCACAUAUCAUGAGGUGCAGUCGAAAUAAGAAAAAAAAAGGGCACAUAUCAUGAGGCGCAGCUAAAAUAAGAACCAAAAAGGGCACAUAUCAUGAGGUGCAGCCGAAAUAAGAACAAGAAAGGGGCACAUAUCAUGAAGCGCAGCCAAAGUAAGAACAAAAAAAGGGCACAUAUCAUGAGGCGCAGCUGAAAUAAGAACCAAAAAGGGCACAUAUCAUGAGGCGCAGCCGAAAUAAGAACAAGAAAGGGGUGCAUAUCAUGAGGUGCAGCCGAAAUAAGAACAAAAAAAGGGCACAUCAUGAGGCGCAGCCGAAAUAAGAACAAGAAAGGGGCACAUAUCAUGAAGCGCAGCCGAAAUAAGAACAAGAAAGGGGCACAUCAUGAGGUGUAGCCGAAAUAAGAACAAAAAAAAAGGGCACAUAUCAUGAGACGCAGCUGAAAUAAGAACCAAAAAGACACAUAUCAUGAAGCGCAGCCGAAAUAAGAACAAAAAAAGGGCACAUAACAUGAGGUGCAGCCGAAAUAAGGACAAAUAAGGGGCACAUAUCAUGAAGCGCAGCCGAAAUAAGAACCAAAAAGGGCACAUCAUGAGGCGCAGCCGAAAUAAGAACCAAAAGAGCACAUAUUAUGAGACACAGCCGAAAUAAGAACAAAAAAGGGCACAUAUCAUGAGGCGCAGCCUAGUGUGUUAUUGACGUUCUUUCCACGUUUUGACGUCUUAUCUGAUUUAUUUCAAAACAGACGCAUGCCGCAUAGCAACAUGAAAUCUUUUUGUUUUAUAUGAUAGAAAAGCAAAGUUAACAAUGGUUACGUCAUCUUUGCGUCUGUCUUUCAAUAGAUCGUAAAUAUGACCCAAUCGAAUUGCGUGCAUAAUUCAGCUUAUUAUAUAUAAUUCUGCAUUGAUUAUGUUGUUCUGACAUCUUCCAACAGGAUGAUAAUGAAGAUUUUCAUCACGUGCAGCAUCCAUAUGCCUACUGGAAAGACGACCUGGUAAGUUUAUUUACACCAUACAACCCCCCUUUGGGAAGUAGGGGUUUUGGACUUGAGCCCCAGCUAGGUCAUUGUGUUGUGUUCUCGGGAAAGACACUUCAGUCUUACAAUAUCUCUCGACCCAGAUAAUGUAUGAGUGCCAGUGCCCUGCAUCUCCAUCUAAGUAAGGUGGUGGUGGGGUUAUAGCUUCAUGCGUCCGGUACAGGGAUGAGUAUGAAUAAAUAACCAAUAUAUUUUUUCCCUUUCUUUAGCAAAUGUGAAAUUAUUAGACUGACCCCGUUUUGUGAUUCCGGAACACGAAAUCUGACCUUUCGUAUAUUACCUUCAAAUGUGUUAAGUUCGACUUCGGAUGCUGCCAUAUUGAUUCUUGCUCGGUAAACUGGCCGCUCACCAAUUACGUUAAAGAUUCUCACAUCCUUUUUCAGUUCUGGUCAAUGUCUUUGAACGACAAGGAGCUAAACAAGGAGGAACCCUUGAUUCACAUUUUAACAUUUUUUUCACGCCACCCGCAGCAGCAGCUGUUUGUGAAUAGCGAAUUGAGGUUUUUAGAUGUGCGGCUAGUAGGAUGUUCCAACGGCGGUGUCUUAUUGUCGAACAUUUAAUUCAUUUUAUUACACUUUCGAAACGUUGUUAAAAAAAAUAAAAGUAAAAUGGUUUAUAUCCUUUUCGAUAGUGGAGCAUAUUUUCUCUUUAAAAGUGUCUCCAACAAUUAUAAUAGUCGCAAAUGUAGCGUUUUACACCUUUCCUUUGUUUAUCUGUGUAUUUAGGUCAACGGCCACAAAGAAGAUAUACUGUCGAUAGCAGUUAGUCCACCAAACCUUCUGGCAACUUCUAGUUAUGACGGCGAGGUACAACCACUUAAUUCAGUUUCAUAGCAAAUUAUGGCCAAUCUGUUUUAAGGGUGGAUAACGCUAUCCAUCAGAUAAAUUGCUAUCCGGCGGAGAACUGUUUAUUAAAAAUAUGGCACUGUCCAACGCAAUCCAGAGAAUAACAUUAACUUGGCACCCUUCGAACAACCUGGACUGGAGUUCGUAUCAGCUCAUGUUCUUUGGAACAGCUUUCACAGUCUUUAACAUGUUUUAACCUUAACACGUAAAAAGAAAAUAGAUAAAGACAGUAAUCCUCAAUGGCACAAUUGAUAGCUCAAGAAUUGUUGGCUAUGUUGUCCUCGUUCCGUGUACAAUAGCUCAUGGCCUCCCUAGUCGACUAAGUACAAAAACAGUUUCAUCAACUGGAAUAUUAUGCUCGGAACUUUGGUCUGUAGCACGCAGUCUCAAAAUGCUUUACCAUAGAUAUUGAAAUCACUUUUAAAUUUCAUGAAACACUUUUUGGUCGCUCUUGUUUUUGCCGUCAUGAUAACUACAUAAGUACAUGUACCAUCUUUCUUUUCGUAUAGAUCAUCAUCUGGAAUCAGAUUUCGGGGCAUAUAUUUUGCCAUAUAUUUUCACCCUUUGCGACCAAAGAGAACGGGGAGAAUUUGUCUUCUCAAGACUGUAAGUACGCAAAGAAAGCCAUCGGUUAUGGCGACUUCAAGCAUAACGGGCGAGACACAAUUUUUUCACCUGGACGCAGCAUACAUUUCCUACGAUUUCCAAAGAGUCUUGAAUAGGCCACUGUACAGCUAUGUACUUAGUUGCCAAGCCUCUGAUUUGGAGUGAGGUUGAGGGUAACCUUCUGGUGAUAGAGACCAGUAUCUAGUUAGCAUGAUAACAAAGUAAUAUACAUCUGAAAAGCAGCAAGGUUUGUAUCAUAACAAGGUCACUCUUACCCUCACUCCUGUUCAAAGGCUUGGCAGCCAAGCACGCAACUGUAAAAUGGACUAUUGAACUUACUUAAGGGUUUGCCUCCUUAAUGUCAGGUUUUUAUAAAUGGCGUCAGUGCCACUCUACGUGCGCAGAGUGCAUUUUCACAGAGCAGGUGUUUUAAAUAACUUCAGUGUCCAUAAGCGGCAGACCGCUAGUAAUAGACUUUUAUUGAAACCCCUGUUAGAUAACGUAAAACCAAACGAAAUUAUCCCAGCAACCAAUCAGAGCAUAGGAAAAUAUCACAAGGAGCCGAUAAGAGCUCAAAAUAAAAAAAAAGCAAACUGCAUAAAGCAAAGAGUCCAGAAAUGCAUGCAGUAACCAAAAUGGCGAAAAUUCGUUAAAAUCGUCAAAUACGCCCAGCUGAUUUCGCCUCGACGAAUUUACUAAAAUUUGUCAAAAUCGUCAAAAUCAUCAAUUCCGCCAAGCUUAUUUCGCUGUCACAAAUUUGACGAAAAUUCGCCAAAUCGUCAAAUCCAUGAAUAUUCACUCGGUUCGACGAAAAAAAACUCUUUCGUUUCGUAAACUCUGUCAUUUUCGUUACUGUGUGCAUUUCUGGACAUAAGUGAAGGAAAAGCAAGCGACAAAUCGUCAUCAUUUUUAGAUUUGGAUUCGAUUUCUGACUGAGGAUGGUGCGAGCUUUUAAACUAAUCGUGGUGUAAAGUAAAGAAACACUAAAAUUGCGUCGGGUUAUUUUUGAGACUCGAUAAAAAAAAAUUCACGAACAGACAAUUACAGUUGCUCUUAUCGCUCGACCUUUCAAGGGUUAUCGGAAUUAAUUGAAUGGUCAUAUUUCAUGCUCUUAUUUUGUUUCCCAGUGGAUGGAGGAAAUGCUGUUAGUAAGAUAAUAUUCUUGAAAGCUAGAGCAAUGAAGAAAGACGUUGCCACUCUGGUGGCCAGUGGACCACAAGGUAUUACUAUAUGUUAUCGAACGAAUAUGUCCCAUUCAUCGUUAGGACCAAGGUGAUAUCCUCCGUUACAAUGUGAUUUCGCAAAGCCCGUAGGUGCCCCUUUUGACGUAAGACCAAACGGGGCAUCUUUUUCAGAGUUCUGGCUUUUUGUUCAGUUUACCACGAACGUUUACUCUAGGCGUUUAUUGUCGGCUUUAUUCUUUGCCUAGCAAAAGAGGACGCGCAAAACUGAAAAAUAAAUGAUUGUCUCGAAUGAUGUGUUCUCUUGUUCGUUAGUUUGUUUUUAUUCUUCGAGGUGUCGCACCGUCAAGUACAUUUGCAGUAUCCCUAAUUAUGAAAGAGAUGCUGUGUACAUUGACUUUUCCGCAAAUUGUAGGCUACCGAUAUUAAAAGUGCCCCCUGAAAUGCUCUUGUUUUAUGCUCUACUAACAUUGUGGCUAUUGUUCCGUAGGGCUGAUUCACUUUUGGAAUAUUUACACUGGUGGCACUCUUUACGCUUCGUUUUCUCCGGUGAGCGAUUUUUUAGCGUGUGCAAUGUGCAAUGCAAAUCGGCCAAAGGGUCUGCAAGGGGUCUAGUACUGAUUAUUGGUGCCAGACCCCCGGCAAACCUCUCACUAAGUCGUCUCAAGUCUUCCCGCUAAUAAUGAGGGUAUGGAAAGAUUAGAAGGGAAAUCUGACGUUAUGUAGAGGAGUGGUAUCAUGUUUCAUGAUACGCAAAUCGUGAUUAGUUCCGUCGGCAUGGACCACCUAACCUCAUCUUUAGACAUGCACAUUACAAAGGCUCAUCGUGCUUCUUUUUUGUUCACAGUCCAAGUAUGGUGUCACCACCUUGACGUCGGUUUCAAACGAUACCAAACUCGUUACCGCUGAUUCAGCAGGUUGGUGGAUUGUUUGGUUUGUCGUUCUUCUUGUUGUUGCUUCGGUAAUGGUGGACUUUGUUUUGUCGUGGUAGUUUGAUUCCAUUUUUUGACUUUCGAUGUGUAUGGAGAAUAUUGCAACACGUCCGUGCGUGUAUUCCGUAUUUAUCACACUUCUCACCUAUUCACCCCGCUCGGUUGUGAGAUACAUCUUGAACUUGUGGGGGUGGUUGGGGGGAACAAAACGGCAGUGGACAAUUACGAUAUCCUGGAGGUACAAAAUGCUUUUCCUUACCUCUAAAGAUGAAUAAGUUUUCCUUUCAUUGUUUUGGUAGCAAAGAACCAACAGCGGCUAUACUGUCGCCCAAAAGUUUCAAGGCUUGUUAAUCCUCAAAAUGUUCUUGGGUUUUCAUUUCUUCAGGUUUCAUCUCGGUCUGGGAUGUCGAGGAUUACGGUAUGAGAGGAAAAACCACUAAACCCCCGGAACGUGAGUGGAACUUAAUGAUUUUCUCCGAGUAGUUGCAAGCUAGGACCUUCUGUCGCAACUGAUAGUUUGUGUAGUUUGAGUGUGCCUGCAUGGGGAAUCAUAACCCUAAUUACGUACUUUUUAUCGUGCAGAAACGAAGGUACUUUUUUGUUAGGUAGGCCACCUCAGAAUAAGAAUUCGUCAUUGAAUUGUGGGGCUAAAAUUAUGCAAGCGCUCGUAUGUAAAAUAACUUUGAAAUUCUUUAGGAAAUAACGUGUUUUAACUAUGGAGUGUUACUAAUCGUUAGAGAGUGUGUGAACCUCCCCUUCGUAUAGUUAUCAAAAUUGCAUGGUUCUUUUAAGUUAAGAGUUAUGUUAUCUCUGUUUCUGUAGGUCUAUUCUUUUGGCGUGCACAUGUGCAGAGCAUCACCAGGUAAGCAAUUCUCUCUUCUUUUUUCUUUUUCAAUUCUCUUUCAACUGUGAAGGAACCAUGAGUCUUAGAAACGGGAAGCAAUUCCAUGGUUUAAGGCAUCUGUGAACAACCAAAUUAUCAAUUAUACUUUCCCCUUGGGAACGCAGAUGGACUGGAUAGUUGACGAGUCUCUCCGUUGCAAGUUCUGUUAUCCAACAACUGACAAGGUCCAAUUUAACCUGAUCACAUUUAUUGUCCAGGUAUCAACUCUCCUCACUGCCUCACAAUUUUAGCUCUGGGAAUUUGUUGUUGAUUAACAAUAUGCUUCAGUUGACAUUUUUCUUCGUAUAGCGAAUAAUUAUCCCUCGACAUGCGAACUUGGUAAGGAAAACUUGCCUGUUAAAAUGCAGCAUCAUGGACAUGUUUUAUUUGUAAAUUUUCAGCCUUGAACCGCUGGAUAUAUGGAAUAUUGACGUGUUGAUGACUGCGUCUUUGGACUGUACAGUCAGACUUUGGACCAUGGACGGACAUUUCAUUGGUAUGUUUUGUUUCGUACUAUUUUAAUGAAGAAGAUUCUUGUCUUCGCAGCAUACCUUGUACCCCCCUGUAGUACCCUUCACAGCAUACCUUGUACCCCCCUGUAGUACCCUUCACAGCAUACCUUGUACCCCCCUGUAGUUUAGAAACUAGUUCUUCUGCGUCUCUGCAGAAUCUGUCACCUUAAAGAUGACAGACGCCGGGAUUUUCUUCCAGUUGUAUUCAAAACUGGCUCUUCUACCUUCGUCGCAGUAAGAGCAAUUUGAUUCAUUGAAGUCAAGAGCGUAGGGUGAUAAAUACUCCUCUUGUUGAUCCGUCUUCCAUUCAAGUGUCGGCGGUCCAUACUUUGUUUUUCACAUUGUUAGUUGUUUAGUGUUGAUUUAAUUGAUUUUAUCCUUUCGUCUCUCAAACAAAUUUUCAUAGAUAUCUUGCUUGGCGUCGACAAAAAUCACAGCAGUAUAUUUAAACUCUUUGUGCUCUAGGUACUCUUGGUCAGCCUAAAAUAUGGGACAUAACAAACCCUGUGUCUUACCAACAUCCAAUGGCGCCCUAUGAUGUACUGGUGGAUCCUCAGACUGUGCCUCACAUCCCUAAAGCAAAUGAUCCUGACGAAAUUACGUCACAAAAUGACACCAAAGAAUCCGACAAAGCAAACGAGGUCAGUGCCUAUAAAAAUAGUGGGCUACCGCGCUGCGAUUUUUGACCAAGUUUCACUCUUUUUGUAACCUUUUUUAUGUGCUGUUUUAUUUUUUGCCUGACGUAAAGUACCUUGCACAUCUAGCCUACCAGACAGCUCUCCCAGAGUUCCUUUCCUUCCUUGCGCACCCUCCCCGGUAGAUAGGGGUCUGGGUACAAGACAGCCGCAAUGCAAUACUCAGACCUCUGUCUUUGCCCUUCACUGUUUGCGCCCCUUUUUUUUUCAUAUUCAUUCACCGGAUAUUGUAAAUGGCAAACUCAAAAUGCACAUACAGCUUUACAGCACCUCUAAAUACGAAGAGUAUUGCAAAUUGAAACAUUGUUUUUUUCUUUGUAGUUGGAUUCUCAACCUAUCCCAUAUUUCUCCAGUUCUCAUGGAAAAGAUCCGCUUGUGUAAGUAGAUGUUGCUCAUAACUACAGCUUAUAGAGAUCCUUGUCCAAAAUGGCGACUGAAAAUGAAAGUAAAAAAUGAAGAAUUUUAUGUAAGCUCCAUAAUAACCUUCCUUGGUUUGGUAAUCUUAUUAAGUUCCGUCCCAACAGGUGUUGUUUUGGCGAAGAAAGUAUAAUUAUGAAUGAGAAAAAAUCGGCCUAAGUGUUGUGUAGGGAACCAGCCAUACCUCCCUCAGUGACAAAAUUGCUGGCAAUUAUGAACAAUGUCCUCUGAUAAUGUGCUUCACCAACUUGAUCAAACAACUAUCAAUUGUGUCAAAAGUAAUCCUAGUAAUGGUCCUCCCUCUUUGGCAGUCAAUUUUCUAUAGGCUCCCCCCCGUCCUCCCCUGAUCCCCUCGUUCCUCUUUCCCCCCGUGAUAAAUAACGACGGGUUCCCAAUAAGCCUUCCUUUAUAAUGACAUUACUAUAGUUGGUAUAUUUUUGGUCCUCCUGUUCUGUCGUUAAUAUUUUUUUCUGUGAUUUGUAUUUGUAUGUGAAAACUAUUAGAAUCGACGAGCAUGCUAUCGCUGAAGAGUUAAAGAAAUCACCUUGGAGGGAAGGAUGCGGAAAGAGGUGAGAAUUUAUCUGAAAUAUCCUAAUGAUUACAAGACCAGAUGUUACUGCUCCACUUGGUAUACAUGGGAAUGCCAAUGAAAAAAAUUGAAUUGAAUGUUCCUUCUCGUUGCAGAUUGCGUCAUGAAAGGUUAAAGAAAGUUCCUAGAGAUGUUGGCGGACCAAAUGCUUAUCAGACUCUGACGUGCUUUGAACUAGAAGACACGCCUGCUCUCCCCAACCCCCCCUCGUCUUCAUCCAUCGAUGAUCCUUUUGAUAUCAGAAUAUAAACAGUUCUUUAAAAGCGCGAAGUGACCGGCUAGAAUCUAAAUGUAAUGAAGGGAAUUAACACGAUUGGAUGUUUUUUUUUAAAUAAAAAAGGAGAGGAUUGGUCUUUUUAUUGUAAUGAAAAUAUUGUACAUAACCUUCAAGUUCACUUAAAUAUCUUCUGUUUCGUCAUUUAUAGUUUUGCGUUCCAAAUACGGUCUAAAUCCUUUUACAUGCAGAAAUUGAUUUUAUUUUGACAAGUGGCACGCAACUCCGCUUAACUACGUGUACAUUUGAAUAUCACGGUUAACGGUAGCUUUCGUUUUCAGACACUCUCGCAUAACUCGAAACUUUGUUAACGCUUAUAGUUUCAGUCAACUAAACUCUGAGGUUAAAAUCAAGUUUCUCAACUCACAUCAACUUUUUUUAUUGUGCCGUUAUAUGUAUAUCAGUGGUCAAAAGACUUCUUCGUUCAUUUUGUGGUAUAUGGCUAUUUUCAAAUAAUUUUACCUUAAAACUCUGCAAAAAUGAAUGUAAGGCAACGCUUGUACAAGACAACUACGAAAAUACAUGAAGAUUCGUAGUCCGCAGAAGCAGUAUGAAGUGCAUUUUGCGAAUUUUUUUAAAUACACAAUACUGCCCAGAUGCUCAUAAUUCAUAGUUAAACAAUACUCGAUUGUGAAGUGUGAAGUUUGACGAAGUUUCACAGUGUUAAAUGGGAUAACGAUAUCGAUUUGAGUGUUUGAAAAUUGCCUGAGUAAGCUUAAUUUGUAAAUUUUCAAGCCAACCAGCUCAGAGAAUCGACAGGAGUAUUUAUCUUUUCUGUGCAUGUGUAAUAUUUUCGUUUCUUUAUUUACGGGCAAAAUAGUAUUUAAAAAAAUUAAUUUUAAUAAGGAAAGAGUGUUCUGUAUCGCUGGAUGGGAAGCGUAUUGUAAAUAAAUGAAUCAGAGGAAUUAUUCCAAGCUGUGAAUCCGUCC